CGCCGCUGCGGAAGGAUGGAGCCUGGGGCCGGCGCCUUCUCGGAGGAGCAGUUCCGGGAGGCCUGCGCCGAGCUCCAGCGGCCCGCACUCUCCGGGGCCGCCUGGGAGCUGCUGGUGGAGACCCAGGGCAUCAGCGUCUACCGGCUGCUGGACCAGCAGACGGGAUUGUAUGCGUAUAAGGUCUUCGGUGUUCUGGAAGACUGCUUACCAGAUCUGCUUGCAGAUGUCUAUAUGGACUUAGCCUAUAGGAAGCAGUGGGACCAAUAUGUUAAAGAACUCUAUGAAAAAGAACGCAAUGGAGAAAUGGUGGUCUACUGGCAAGUGAAGUACCCUUUUCCCAUGUCUAACAGAGAUUAUGUUUACGUGCGGCAGCGGCGAGAGCUGGACUUUGAGGGGCGGAAGGUCCACGCGAUCCUGGCCCAGAGCACCUCUGAGCCGCAGUUUCCAGAGAAGUCGGGUGUGAUCCGGGUGAAGCAGUACAAGCAGAGUUUGGCAAUCCAGAGUGAUGGCGAGAGGGGGAGCAAAGUUUUCAUGUAUUACUUCGAUAAUCCAGGUGGCCAGAUUCCGUCCUGGGUCGUUAACUGGGCUGCUAAGAAUGGAGUUCCUAACUUCUUGAAAGACAUGGUGAAGGCCUGUCAGAACUAUAGGAGAACCUAGGGGAGGAAACUGGGAGCUUUGUGUCUGUGGGAUGCUGUUCCUGGAAGUGCGACGGCCCCCGAUGCUCAGCCUGCCUUUGCCUUUUCCGUGCUCAGAGGCCUGCGUGCUCUCUAGCACUUUGUCCCCAAGCGUGUUUGCCUGACAUCUGCUCCCUUUCCCAUUCUCCCCACCCCGGGACCCACUGCCAUUCUCCACUGUGGAAUGUGGGUCAGAUUAUAGCAACCUUGGUUUGUUUAUUCUUAAAAAGUGGACUCCUCAGUAGGGAACGCAGUACUUCCAAUGUGCCAAUCUAGGGGAAUGGUGGGUGGAGGACUGGCAACACUGGGACUGACCCCAGUCAGCUGGCUGCUUCCCACGGGUGAGUUGUUGCAACCUGGGAGGGUGAUUUCCUGCUGAAGUUGCAUUGCCUACAGAGAUGACUGUCAUUGCUCCAAGACUGGAAGACUCACAUCCGUUUGCCUUAUGCUUUGCUGACUUGGAUUCGCUAAUUUGAGAUAAUCACCCACUAAGUCCCUCCCCAUUCCUAGUUGGGGAGGAUCAUAGGCUGUUUUGAUUUCAAACUCUUUUGAAAAGCAUUGCAGGCCUAACUGUGUAGUAUGAUGACAAUUUUUUUUUCUCAUCAUACAUGUUUGGGUUUUCCUUUUUCCCAUAUGCCCCUGGGGAAGGCUGUCCAUACCUCACUAACUCUGCAUUUUUCUGGACACUGAGGCAUCAAGGCAGCUGUAGCAGUUAACAGAAGCCAACUGCUUUGCACAUAGCAUUGAGCUGAAAUGUCUUUAUAUGGAAUCGAUGAAUUUCCCUUCUGAAAUGCUUGGAGACAUUGAAAGGAUAAGAGUUCACAGCCAGGGAAAAUUUAUUAGUGGUGUGAUUGACUCUACACCUUUUUCUCAGGAAUUCUAUCUAAGUUAUCUGCCUCUCCCACCAACCAAAAGACUUCCCUUUUCCUACUUUUCUCUUGAAUUUUGGAAGAAAGGGUAUUCUGUGGACAAAGGCACAGCCUUAUAAUCUCAGGGAAACAUUUUAAUUACUUCUGUAUGAUGGUAACAAAACUUAAUUUCAGGGUGUAAAAAUUCAGGAUGUAAAGCUGGAUGUGGGAGAUUUAUUAAAAUGGUAUACCUCAGACUGUGUCUUUUCUGUCUGGAAAGGGAGGUGCAUUGAAUACCAAAUAAAUACAGAAUGACUUAUC